AUGGUGGCCGGUGUUCCGGUGGCAGUCCACAAGAAAUUGGUUUUCCAAGUGAAGGGUCUUCAAGAGACCCUGAAGAAGACCUAUUGCAUGCUUGAUGCGAUGCAGAGCCGCCUUCAGGCUAUGGCGCGUGCUCAAACUCGGAGCGAAGCUCAGUUGGACUUUCUUAUUCGCUUGCAGCAAACCGGGUCACCGCCCUCUUCGUCGGCGCCAGUGCCUUAA